AUGUGUUCAGUGGAGGGGCGACGGACAGCUGCCGUCCUCGGGGCUGUGGUGGCCGAUGCUGCUGCUCAGCCACUUCACUGGAUAUAUGACAAAAAUAAACUGGAUAAUCUGAUUGGUGAAACAGAAGACAUUACAUUCUGGGAGCCUUCUGCCAAUCCUUUUUACUGCAUACCAACAGGCCGACAGAGUGGAUAUGGAGACCAAGCCUAUGUAAUUCUGAAAUCAUUAGUGGAGAAUAAAGGAUUGGACAUUCAGUCACUUAAGAAUGCUACGUAUACAUUCUUUGGACCAGAGUCUGACUAUGAACAUGUAGUCAAUGCUGCCUAUAAAGACAAGUCAGAUGCUGUGAAAAAGACAUUUCCUAUCAAAGGGCCCUGGAGACACUUCAGCAUAAAAGAGUUCCUAGCUAAUCAUAAGGCAGGCAAAGAAGAAACAGGGUCACCUACAGAUGAACAGAUAGACUGUGUUCUUCGUAUUGUCCCAGUGGUAGCUAUGUAUGCUGGUCAUCCCAAGAUGUUAAACAUAGCUGAAGAGGUUGUCCGUAUCACUCAGGAGUCUGACUUUACCGUAGUAGUGGCACUGUGUGCAGCAAGGAUCCUUGAACAUUUCAUUCUGAAUGGCCCAAGUGAGGGAGUACUAGAGGCUGUGAUCAAACAGAUGGAUGACCCAAAUAGGGCCAACCCCCAGGAACUUGACCGGGCAAUGAUAGGCAAGCUACGUGAGGUUUUACAAGGAAAGCAGACCAGCCACAGUGACAUGGCAAAACAGCUACGGAUAGACUGAGUAAUGCCUGGGUCUUUCCAACUGGCUUUACAUGGAGUAGUUUCCCACACUGAAUAUACUGCAGCAGUCAAAGCCACCAUUCGUAAUGGAGGCUGCAACAGCUCACGAGCUGGCUUCAUAGGGGCCUGUCUCGCCGCUCAAUAUGGUGUGGAUGUUAUUCCAGACGAAUGGAAGGAAAAGACCAUAAGAUAUAAAGAAAAUGAACAACUUACUCAAGAACUCUGUGUUAUAACGCCCCAAUAGACUUUAUUACAAAGAAUUGUUUCCAGUUACACUGAUGAAGUCGAUGGGGCAGAGUCUGUAAACCACAUAUGCUAAGGACAACAAAACUUUAAAAAGGGAGAUAAGUUAAUGCUAAUGAUGGUACCAUCCAAAACUCGAUGAGAAGAUGGAAUCGGAAAUGCUAAUUUGAACUUUUUACUGUCUUUUGUUGCUGUUAUAUAAGUAAUGAUAUUUUAUCAGGUUUCAGUGAUUACCUGUGGUUUUUUGUGUUUAUAUUUUAUGAUGAAAUAUUUCAUCUUUCAAGUCCUUGAAAAAAUUAUUAUAAUUUAUUUGUCAUUAUCACUGGUGUUUGUUAUUAGUAUACCCUGUCACUGGUGUUAGUACAAAACCGUUUCAAUUUGUGAUUAGUACCACAUCGCUGGUGUUAGUACAAAACUGUUUUAAUUUAUUAGUACCCCAUCACUGGUAUUAGUACAAAACAGUUUAAAUUUGUUAUUAGUAUACCCUGUCACUGGUGUUAGAACAAAACCAUUUUAAUUUGUGAUUAGUGCCACGUGGCUGGUGUUAGUACAAAACAGUUUUAAUUCUAAAAUUUAAUAGUGAUACAAAGUAAAAUGUUGAAAUUCUCUAUGUGUUCUAGUUGUUAUACAUUGUUUGUAUAUUUUGAAUGUUCACCUAAAGUAUAUGUAUGACAUGAUCUUCAAAAUGUUUGUUUCAUAUGUAAAAUGUUAUUUAUGUUCAGGUCUAUAUCAAUUGUAAAAUAUAUGGCAGAUCUGUGUGUAUAUACUGUAGGUCACCUGUAAUACUGUAUUGCUACUGUACAGAAGGUAUUUCACAAUGAGCAAGCAGACUGUGUUUAUAUAUAUAUAUAUUCACUGAAUGAAUAUGUUGUUUGCCGAACUAACUGGGCUAUCCCUACCGCCAUCAACAAUACAAGUGUUUGAGAAGGACUGUGGUAUUGUAACAGGUGUUUGUUUUGAUGGAAUCUCUUAUCAAAUUUUAACUCCAUCACCCAGGUGGUCUGAGGAGUUGAUCACUCUCGUGUACAUUCUAAGCAGAUUCUAAAAUAAACCACGUGACUUACA